CCGCCGCCUCCGGCGAGGACACUAGCAUGGAUGCUGUUCAGAGGCGCCUCAUGUUUGAGGACGAGUGUAUUUUGGUGGAUGAGCAAGACAAUGUUGUUGGCCAUGAAUCGAAAUACAACUGUCAUCUGAUGGAAAAUAUUGAAUCCAAGAAUCUGCUUCACAGGGCUUUUAGUGUUUUCCUGUUCAACACCAAAUAUGAGUUACUACUUCAGCAAAGAUCAGCGACCAAGGUGACAUUUCCUUUAGUAUGGACCAACACCUGCUGCAGCCAUCCGCUUUACCGCGAUUCUGAGCUUAUACAGGAGAACUACCUCGGGGUUCGAAAUGCUGCUCAAAGGAAGUUACUAGAUGAGCUUGGUAUACAAGCUGCUGACGUUCCUGUUGAUGAAUUCAUGCCUCUUGGUCGCAUGCUUUACAAGGCCCCAUCCGAUGGAAAAUGGGGAGAGCACGAGCUUGAUUACUUGCUUUUCAUCAUUCAAGAUGUCAAUAUGCAACCAAACCCAGACGAGGUUGCUGAUGUUAAGUACGUCAAUAGAGGACAAUUGAAGGAGUUGUUGAGGAAAGCUGAUGCUGGAGAGGAUGGUAUUAAGCUGUCUCCUUGGUUCAGGCUGGUUGUUGACAACUUCCUGCUCAAAUGGUGGGAUCAUGUUGAGAAGGGCACUCUUCAGGAGGUUGAAGACAUGAAAACAAUUCAUAAGCUGUUGUAAACGGUGAGCUUAAUUUGGGGGAAUUUUUGAAAGCAGUUUGAUGAAACAAUCAGGCAUUAUUUUUUUUGUUGGAAUAAACUGUACUCUGAACUGGUAUGAUCAGACUAGUAUUUGCUUGUGCUAUUUGGAAACCCCCUUCUUGUUUGUCGCUGCAUGUAGUUUUUCCAUUUAUGUGGAAAAAUUCUUUUCA